UUGGAACUAGGUUUUCAAUAUAUGGAGUCAUAGCCUACACACAUAUUUCAUCAACGCUUUUCGGAGGGGUGUUCAUCUUUGGUUUUGCGAUGUAGCCUAACCAUGAACAUUUUGAUUUUUUUCCAUCCAAAUUUCUGGGGCAGCCACAGGCUGCUUCUUGCUUUAGCCUACCUUGCAACUAUAUCAAACAUCCGUUGAGGUAUUGCUUUCUUUGGUAUUAUUAAAAGUUGGGAUUUAUCUGAAAGCUUGAGUGGAGCCUGUGCUUUUUCACAAGCUGAAUAAAAGAAGUCGGUAAGAAACCUGCCUUCUCUUUUCCUCUUUCAACCCGAGUUCAUGUGUCGGCCAGAUCCCACUGCGUUGCCUCGCACAUGUUUUGCAAUAUAAUGACUGGAACCUGCUCGAGACAUGCCUAAGCGACGCAAUGGGACAAGGCGACGAGAACGAUCGUAUUGUGAUUAACGUGGGAGGUAUCAGACACCAGACCUACCGUAGCACCCUUCGCACAUUACCGGGCACCCGGUUAGCUUGGCUCGCCGAGCCAGAUGCCCACAGUCACUUUGACUACGAUCCCAAGAUUGAAGAAUUCUUCUUUGACCGGCACCCGGGUGUGUUUGCCCACAUCCUCAAUUACUAUAGGACCGGGAAGUUGCACUGCCCUGCAGACGUUUGCGGCCCUUUGUACGAGGAGGAGUUGGCGUUCUGGGGUAUAGAUGAGACCGACGUGGAACCAUGUUGUUGGAUGACUUAUCGGCAACAUCGAGAGGCCGAGGAGGCAUUGGAUAGUUUUGGGGGUGGCCCCCCCGAGAAUUCAGAGGAGGAUGGGGAUGAGGAAACGCUGGGAAUGAUCAAUAGGUUGGCUCUUGACGGACCAGAUGCCAAAUCAGGGGGGCAUUGGCGACGUUGGCAGCGGUUGCUUUGGGCACUUUUCGAGGAUCCCUAUUCUUCUAAAUAUGCAAGGUGGAUAGCCUUCGCCUCCCUGUUCUUCAUCCUGGUUUCCAUCACCACCUUCUGCCUGGAGACACACGAGGCCUUCAACCCCAUCAUCAACCGGACAGAAAUUGACCCGCUGGACAACAGCACGCGGGUCUACCAGGAGACUGAGACUGUGGUUUUCCUCACCUAUAUUGAGGGGGUCUGUGUGCUGUGGUUUACAUUUGAGUUUAUAAUGCGAGUGACUUUCUGUCCGAGCAAGUUGGAGUUUUUCCGUAACACCCUCAACAUCAUCGACUUUAUUGCCAUCAUGCCCUUCUACCUGGAGGUGGGGCUGAGUGGGCUCUCUUCCAAGGCGGCUAAGGAUGUACUGGGUUUCCUACGCGUGGUACGCUUUGUCCGGAUCCUCCGGAUCUUUAAGCUGACUAGGCACUUUGUGGGACUGCGUGUCCUGGGUCAUACACUCCGAGCCAGCACCAAUGAGUUCCUGCUCCUCAUCAUCUUCCUUGCCCUGGGUGUGCUCAUCUUCGCCACUAUGAUUUACUAUGCUGAAAGGAUUGGUGCCAAGCCCAAUGACCCCCGAGCCAGCGAGCACACGCAUUUCAAGAACAUUCCUAUUGGAUUCUGGUGGGCGGUGGUGACAAUGACAACCCUGGGCUAUGGAGACAUGUACCCUCAGACAUGGUCUGGCAUGCUGGUGGGAGCGCUGUGUGCUCUGGCUGGUGUGCUGACUAUCGCCAUGCCAGUGCCUGUUAUUGUCAAUAACUUUGGGAUGUAUUACUCCCUGGCGAUGGCCAAGCAGAAGUUACCAAAGAAAAAGAACAAGCAUAUCCCCCGCGCCCCACUUCUGGGCUCCCCCAAUUACUGUAAGUCGGAGGUAACCUCACCUCACCAUAGCACGCAGGACGACACAUGGCCCCUGGCACCACAAGAACCACCAGAAGAGAUCUUAGAAAUAAACAGAGAAGCACCACAAGCUGUUUUUCAAGAUCCAAAAGUGAACGGGGAAACAUCCAAGGAUCCAGCCAAGAGAGCAGCCAAGGAGUCAGCCAAGGAGUCAGCCAAGGAGUCAGCCAAGGAGUCAGCCAAGGAGGCAGAAAAAGCAGCGCUGGCCAAUGAAGACUGUCCCCACAUAGACCAGAUCAUGUCACCUGACGACGGCCUGAUCUUAAGCCCUAUUGACCGGUCCGAGCAGCAGCCCUGCUUCCUGCUGGCCAUGGGCGGGAGGCCAGGCCACACGGCGGCCAGAGUCAGGAAGGCUGGCCCUUCCCAGGGGAGGUCACUGGCGGAACCGGCGCCCCCAUGCCCACAGCUCAGCUCCCAGGGCCCCCAGGGCUACCCUCUGCUGCAGCUAGCUGGGUGGGUAUGUGGUCAAGAGGACGGCCAUGCCACACUCACAACCUGACGCCCCAGCCUCUAACACUAAAGAAUAGCACAAUGAAAGAAAUGCCUUGUUCACCACACCGAGAGAUCCUUACUAUCCUUAUGCUCUACAAUAACAUCAGGCCUUCAUCAUGUCCUCUAGUCUACAGUUACACCAGGCAAAGGCAGGACAAGUGCAAGCAAAAGGCUUCUAUGAUUAAUCUAAUCUGAAAAAGAAGAAGAAGAAGCUGAUUCCACAAUUGUUGCAGUAUCAAACUAUAAUGCCGGUGUCAUCCGCAGCUUCUUAAAUUAGCUGCUUGUGAGCGUAGGGAGAUGAAUCACAAGCAUAUAAUACUGUAUAUUGUUGUCAUGGGCUAAUAGCAUUGCUAAAUCUCACCUGCCAUCAUCCCCAGCCAAGUUCCCAGACACUAGCUAAGACAGAACCUGCUACAGCCUCCACACAGUAUACAAUUUACACAUACUUUUUAUCCUGUCUCCUCUAGAGCACAGUAGAGCGUUUUUUGGUCGAAAGGUCACACAUUCCCACUGUCUCCCAUAGUGAACUGCUCUUUGUGAGCAUGAUUUCUUUAGGAUGGACAAGUUCAGUGACUCUCAAGAGUCAUAACACGAACACAACAGUAAUCCACUGUGUCCACGUCAUGAGACUGAUCCAUUACAUGAAUCAAGUAGGAUGAUCACUAACAGUAGCUAAGAGUACACAUGCCCUCACUGUUGUAUAUUCUAUGUAAUAUGUUUAUGAAUGUGCUUCUGAGUGUGUGUACGGUAUGUCUGUGACUGUGUCUGUGUGUGAUUGUCUAUGCACAUGUUGCCAAUGUAAAGUGAACCUGUUUCUCUGUUGCUCCAUGUUGGCAUGUGUUGCACUUGUCUCUUAACUCAACACUGCAUGUCCUGUCCAGCUGAUGGUUGGCAUUGGAGAGGAAAUGUAGCUGGUGGUAAGGGGUGAAGUAUGGUGAGGAAUAAGAGAGGCCACAUGGUAUUACAGUAUAUGACAAGCAUGGUGAGAAGCAAGACGGAAAUGUUCAACAGCUCUAACAACGAAUAAUAAUUCAACAAGAUCUAACUUCUGCUAAGAACAAUUUUUAUACCAUUGCUUUACAAAUAGAUGACAGGCUAUUGUUAUUAAAUAACAGCAUAUCAUAAGAUUAUGUAACAAGAUCACUAUAUAAUUG